AUGUCGAAUCCCAUUCAUCGCACUGGUGCCCCAGGAGGCGUCGCGCCCGCCGCCCAUGGGCCCAACCGAAGCACUCGCACAACACGCCCAGGCGAGAACAGUGCCAGUGUCACGGCGUUGUCUUGGACGACUUAUGUAGCCGUCGCUCUGACGUCGCUUUCCGCAGGAUACUAUUUUACUAUCAUGAUAAUGAUUGAGGUCAUUCUAGAGACAAUAGACAGUACCGGCUCCGACAGACAGGCUCUUGUACGAAUGUGGGACGGACUUCUGAUCGGACAAAUGAUCGGCCAGUUCAUUUCUGCCAUGUUGUGCGAUAGUUUCGGAACGAAGGUCGUGAUGGUUUUCUCAACCGCUGUGCUUCUCGUCGGCGCAAUCCUAUGUACGGCUUCUAGUGUUCUUCGCGGGAAUGUGUCAGGAUUGGCGCAGUUCGUCACGGUCGCACAGGGGAUUGUAGGCGUGGGCAUUGGUGCUGUGUCUGCCGCCGUAUCCACGACUGCAAUCGAAGUAACUCAGGACAAACCAGCUCAUAACGGGCGAGCCUUCGUGCUUAUGACCAGCGGUCUAUUCAGUGUUGGCGGGACUCUUGCUACGGUUGUCUUCCUGGUGGUGCUGUCUGCAGCGCAACCUGGGCACCUGGAUACUGUCUGGUCGUCUCUGGGCCAUGUCCAGACGGUGAGCGCCGGCCCUUUCGCGUACGGACUGUCAAUCAACAACUACGGUAGCCGCAAGGAUGGCCCUACUAGUACACAACUACAUCGUCCCGCGUACCUGGCAGAGUUCAAGCGACACUGGGUUACGAUAGCUCGCACGAGCUGCCUCUGGUUCGUCUAUGAUUUCAUUGCAUAUCCCAAGAUAGUGUUCUCCGAAGCCAUCCUUUAUUCUGUCGUCGACGCCACCCUCUGGAGAACGGCAGGUCUCGAGCUGCUUCUAAGCUUGUUCGCUCUUGGAGGAAGCUUGCUAGGCGCGAUACUGUGCGAUCCCCUCGGUAGGAGGAAGACAGUCCUUGUAUCGUUCAACGUCUACGUUGUAUUUGUCCUGAUCAUCGGAAGUGCUUACAACCACCUCAUCAACAUCGUACCGCUUCUCGCUGUCUUCUAUGCUGUAAUGCUCUUCACGGGCAAUGUGGGUCCCGGCGACCUCCUCGGUCUCAUCGCCGCAGAGUCGUACCCUCCUAACGUCAGAGGGCUAUUCUUCGGAAUCACAUCGGCAUUCGGGACUGUCGGUGCUGUGUCCGGAAUCCACGCAUUCAGUGCGAUCGAGAAGAACCUCGGACCAUGGUCUUUCAUCAUCGCCGCGCUAUGCGGUAUUGCCGGCGUAUUCCUGACGUACCUUUUGCCUCUAGAUGUGGCUGGUAGAACAUCGACAAGCCCGUCGGAGAAGGACGAAGUACCACCGACAGAGCAUAACGUAGAUCGCGUACCAGCACUACCUGUGCUGAAUUUUCAACCAGAUGGCGGUCAGACCCGGACAGACACUGGCAAUGGUGUCCAUACGAGAGAUCAGACCUCAUCCGACAAGAAUGACCCGAAAGACAGGCGACCCAGGCUUGUGGUGACGAAUGGCUCAGACGGUCCUCGGUGUGGGUCGCGCCAUACGCCAGGUUCACGCAACGGGUCACACUUGGCCGGCUCUCGCAACAUCCCUGGUUCAUCGAACGACAGGCCAUCCGCACAAGAAACGCGUGUUGACGCUGUCAAGCCGUCCCCGGCUACAUCAGACAUUCAGGAAGCUCCCGCGUCCCUUCCCAAGGUCCUUGCGAACGAUACCCUUCCGCAAUCCAUUCCUACCAAACCGGUCGUCCAUCUCGAAAGUUUCGAACGAGAUACCGACAAGACUAGACCAACUCAUGUCGUAGAUGCAAACCCUGCACCUCAGCUACAGCGAUUGACCUUGAGCUUCGCAAGUGCACCCGAAGGCGCGGCUUCUACCAGCAGCAUGCCGCAUGUCGCACCUCCGAUCGCCCUGCCAGGACCGCAAACAGAUGCAAGCUCGCACGGCGGUCCCAUAACAGAAUGGUCGGAACACAUCCAGAGGAAGUUCAGCGUGCACUUGGAAUCUGCUGUACCAGAUACGGGUCUUGUAGACAAGGUUCCGGAUGUGCAGGAAGCCCACGCUGUCGUCUCAGAAUACGUCGCGGCAACGGGACUCCAGAAAGUCUUCCAAGAGGGGGAUGCGUUUGUCGAGGCCGUCGUGGCCAAUGCCGCGAACUUGCAGGACGACGGGAAGUCCUUCCCCAUCACAAAGGAAAACGUCGAGCGCCUCAUCCGCCUCAGCUUGUAUCAUCCCGUCAUCUACUGCGAUGACAGCUCUUCGAUGAAAGCGGACAGGCCGACUCGCUGGGACCUUCAGCGCAAUGCCGUCGAUCGCAUUGCCAGUGUCACGACGCGGGCUGUACCCCAGCACUGUGGUGUCAGCCUUCGCUUCAUCAACGCGCAAUGGGCCAAGAAGGACAACAUCUCUGCUGUAGACGUGCUUGGCGCAGUCAACGUGCUGCGACCUUCGGGAAGUACGCCUCUGGGCACGACUCUGCGGAACCAUAUCCUCGAGCCGUUGGUUUACGACCCUCUGCGGAGCGGCUCCCGCACCCUCGACCGCCCACUGUUGAUCUGCGUCAUCACAGAUGGUAGUCCAAAUUCCAGCGAUGAUCCCACAUUCGAGAACGCCGUGAUGCAAUGCCGGCAGGCCCUGGUGGAUGCUGGGUACGAGCCCACCGCCGUGCGAUUCUGCGUAAAUCAGAUCGGAGGCGAUAGCACCGCGGCCGGCUUCCUUAGCGGGCUCAAAAAUAAUCAGAACAUACAGGACGUCGUUUACUGUACCACGGAGCGGCUGGACGAGCAGUUCAAGCAGUUCAAGGAGAACGGACGGCUGUUCGAUGAAUGGCUGCUCAAGAUGUUGUCCGAACCAAUCAUGCACCAGGCCAGCUCACCUGCAGCCUAG